UUAUUUUAUUUUUAUAGUACAUUCGGUUUUUUUUUACUUCCAAUAUUCUUGAGGUGCUCAACUCGCCAAGCCAACAACAUUUUUCAAGACCAACAAAAAAGUUUUACAAAAACAUAAAUGUCAUUGUCACGUCACUGUUAUCUGUGAAAUAGUAGGUACUGAUAAAGACCAAAUAAACAGAGAAAAAAUGGAUAAUAAACCAUCGCUGAGCCAAUAUUUCGGCGAUAAGGAGAUCCCACCCGCCUCCCAGUUUUUCGACGAGAUUGGGACAUCGCCGUCUGAUAUGAUACAAAGCAUUUAUUUAGGCGAAACGGAAGGUAACCCAACAACAACAGCUAACCUUUUCCAACAAAAUAUGUCUGCAUCAUUUACACAACAUAAAAUGACGGAAGAAAUAACAUUUUCUAAUGUCCUGCCCACCGUGAGUGGGUCUGCCGCCGUACCAGCAGCUAGUUUACCGGACCCAUCGACGUUCUUCGAUACUAUAGGGCCUGAACCACAGAUUGUACCAUCUAAAACUAGUAUAGCAAACCCUGCUGUACUUACUGAAGCUAUGGAUGGACUGAGUAUCAAAAACCAGCCUGUAGAUAAAGAGGCUGACAGAAGAAGAGAUGCCUGGAUACCAAAUGAAGAAGCAAAGAAGACUUUAAUGAAGGCCCAGUCGUCACCUAAGGGUUCUUUCUUCCCCGAGAGGGAAGUGCUGACGAUGCCAGGACUGGUGUUAGAAGAAGAAUUGGCUGAUGCCCUACAAGAGGUGGCAGUGAAGUACUUAGGCGUUAGUUCAGCGGGCAGUCGCGGCGUAGUGAGGGCGGAGCAUGUGACCCGCGAUGAGGCUGGUUUAAGGGAACUGUUGCGGACCGGCUACCUGAGGGCUGCUAUCAACCUCACGCAUGUACUCAUCAGUGCGGCGGGACAGGGUGUAGGCCGCAUGCACCGCCCCACGAAGCACACGCCGCGCUCGCUGCAGCUCUGGCUGACUCGGUUCGCGGUCAUGCUGAGGAUCAGACUCCACGAUCCUUUACUCAAGGAGGCGGAACCCUUCGGGGACUUCAGCAAGCCUGAUAUGUUUUAUGAGUUUUACCCGGACACAUACGAGAGCCGGUCCGGCAGUCUGGUUCCGUUCUCGCUGCGGCUGCUGGUCGCCGAGCUGCCGGCGCAUAUCGGCAAGCCCGACGAGGCUGUGGACAGGCUCUACGCCAUGCUCGACACUAUUCAGACGAUGCUUUCAAAUCUUCGAGAUGGCAACACCGAGGAUGGCUCCGCCCCUAUAACAGAGCAGGAUAAGACUGAGUCUAUACGUCUAUGGAUGGGCAGAGAGACUAGAGUCAUGCACUCUUUAGUCAACUGUGCUAUAGCUAUGAAGGACUACAGACAAGCUGCGAAGAUCCUGAACAGUCUUCAGCAGCAGGUGACGUCAGCGGGACAGCGGCGCGCCGUCCACAGCGCGCUGUGCCGCCUGUGGCUGCUGGCCGGACACGUGCGGGCCGCCAGCCACAGUCUCGACAACGCCAGGGACGCCCGCCAUCACAUAUGUCCUACGCCAGAUGUACGGGAAUACGUGGACUUAGGCCUUAUAGACAUAGCCCACGGCAAGUACCAAGAGGCCUACAAUAACUUCGCGCGAGCAGCUGAUCAGGAGCCCACUAAUAUUAUGGUAGCAAAUAAUCUGUCCGUCUGUCUUCUCUACAUGGGCCGACUAAAGGAGGCCAUAGCGGUACUUCAGAAAGCCAUCAACUCAGACCCAGAGAGAGGUCUAAACGAAAGCCUACUAAUAAACCUAUGCACAUUAUAUGAACUAGAAUCUUCAAAAACUAACGAGAAAAAACUAAAUCUCUUACGAAUGCUGUGUAAAUAUAAAAGUGAUACUAUUCCUAAUGUAUUAGAAUGUUUGAAGUUAAGUUAGUUUUGUUAUGUUGGCAGCACUGAUACCGCGCAAUUUUUAUUACAGUAAGUAGGUAGGUAGUCUAUUGUUUAUAGGCUUCGCAGCUGUAGAUUAUGCUCCAAAAAGGUUGCAUUUCAUUUCUGUAAGCCUGACAGGUUAAACAAAUAUAAAAAAAGGUUUUAUUAAGUAGACAAAACACUUACAUUAUAAGUUAUUAUAGAAACUGAAAACCCAGUUAAAAAUAUGUAAAGGCAUAAAAAAAUUGGCCUGAAUACAAAAUUACGAAGUCACUGUGCCCAGCUGUGGGUUAUUCCAGGGUGAUGAAGACGAUGAAGAUAAUUUUAACGCUAAUUCAAUAUUAUUGAGUUUUUUUUUCAAAA